AUGCCGUUCCGUCGCUACAGACCCCGUCUCCCCGGCGGAGAGUUGGCUCCGAUGCCGUGGCCGGUGUCCUUGUACCGUGUCCUGAACCACGUCGCCUGGCCCCUGGAGGCGGAAUCGGGGCGCUGGACCGUUUUGCUGGACAGGGUGAUGAUUGUGCUCGGAUUCCUGGUCUUCUGCGAGCACAACGAGGUGGACUUUCAUUACCUGAUAGCGAAUCGGCAGGACAUGGACAACCUGCUGACGGGCAUGCCCACAUAUCUGAUCCUGGUCGAGCUGCAGAUACGCUGCUUCCAGUUGGCCUGGCACAAGGAUCGCUUCCGGGCUCUGCUGGAGCGCUUCUAUGCGGAAAUCUACGUCAGCGAGCAGAUGGAACCACUCCUGUUCGCCAGGAUUCAAAGGCAGAUGCUGGCCACACGGGUCAACUCGACCGUGUAUCUGCUGACCCUGUUCAAUUUCUUCCUGGUUCCAGUGACGAAUGUCAUCUACCAUCGUCGAGAAAUGCUUUACAAGCAGGUUUACCCCUUCGACAACACCCAGCUGCACUUCUUUAUUCCGCUCCUGUUGCUCAACUUCUGGGUGGGCUUCAUCAUCACCAGCAUGCUGUUCGGCGAGCUAAAUGUCAUGGGCGAGCUGAUGAUGCACUUAAAUGCUCGAUAUGUCCAGCUUGGCCAGGAUCUGCGUCGCUCAGCACAGACGCUGCUGAAGAGGAGUAGCUCCCUAAACGUGGCCACCGGCUACCGGUUGAUUUUGACCCACAUCCUGCGGAGGAAUGCCGCUCUGAGGGAUUUUGGCCAGCGGGUGGAGGAGGAGUUCACCCUAAGGAUAUUCGUCAUGUUCGCUUUCAGCGCCGGACUGCUCUGCGCUCUGUUCUUCAAGGCUUUCACGAAUCCCUGGGCCAAUGUGGCUUACAUUGUGUGGUUCCUGGCCAAGUUUAUGGAGUUACUGGCCCUGGGAGUGCUCGGCUCAACUCUCCUGAAAACCACAGAUGAACUGGGCAUGAUGUACUACACCGCCAACUGGGAGCAGGUGAUUCAUCAGUCGGACAACGUCGGCGAGAAUGUCAAGCUGAUGAAACUGGUGACCAUGGCCAUCCAACUGAACUCGAGACCCUUCUUCAUCACAGGACUUAAUUAUUUUCGAGUUAGUCUAACAGCCGUACUGAAGAUCAUUCAGGGCGCCUUUUCCUACUUCACGUUCCUCAAUUCGAUGCGAUGAGCUGGCUGACUCGGAUUGCUGGAAUAAUUGCGUUGCCAAUCAUUUGGAAGGUAUGCGAUACCUGGAAUCAUUUGUGGCCUGACCCGUGGCCAUUUGUCCGCCCCCGAAAACAGGAUGCAUCACUUCCCUUCCACAUCCACAACCACUCCCUCUUACCUUUGUGUGCAGGAUAUCCGCUGACAACAAUGGAGCUUUCGAGCGCAUUCAGGAUAUUAACACGUGCAUGACUGUGAUUUAUGCACCCCCCACUGCAUCAGUAGCUGCAAAUGCAAGUGCAACUGCAACUGCAAGUGCAAGUGCCACUGCAACUGCAACUGCCAGUCGGAGCAUCAUCAAUCCAGUGGUUCUCCACUCUCGACUCCUAAGUAGGAACAGCACAUUUAGGACGGGCGAAAUUUGCUGCUGCGUUGACAGCUGCAAUCCGAAGACGUUACCCGGCACAUAUCCAUAUCGAUAUCCAUAUAGCCAUAACUGUCAGCCAUGACUGAGUGGCAGCAAUUGGCAGGGGAGAGCGGCAGCCGGAGAUUCCGUGGCACUAUAUAUAGGAAUCUCCAAGGAUUGGAAGGCGGGCUGCAUCCACUCAUCCA